UGACAAUGAGCACGCGAUGUGAGCGACAGUUUUCUCCCACGAAGCAGCACUUUGCAGGUGUAUGAAAUAUGCCGCUGAACAACAACCAGAAGGGGCCAACUGCAGCUGCCAGACUGGCCAAGCUGCCCAUAGUUCACUCAGCCUGUACCAAGCUGUCAGAGCUGUACUCUGACACUAAAUGCAGCCACCCACACCUGAGGUCUGUGUGUGAGGUGCUGGAGAGCAGCGUGACAGCUGUAGUCUCACCUGUCAUCGUUAAACUGGAGCCCCAGAUUUCCAUUGCAAAUGAUGUUGCAUGUAGAAGUCUUGACUGGCUCGAGACUUCUUUCCCAGUGAUUCACACACCAACAGAGCAGAUUGUUGCCUCUGCCAAGGACAAGAUGCAUGAGAUCCGGGGUGUGGUUAGCAUCGCAGCUAAUGGAACUGUAGACUGUGUGGAGCACACGGUCUUGUGGCUGACAGGCGGGAUACAGCAGACUGAAGCCCAGGCCGACCAGUCACUGCUGGAGAGAGCCAUCAGUGUGGCCAGUGUUGGACUGGAAUCCGCUCUGAUUGUGUCUGAGAGUCUGAUGGACCGCAUGCUUCCUCCCACUGAAGAAGAUAAAGAGGAAGAAGCUCACCUGGUGGAGGGCUUUGAGGCAGCCACACUCAGGAGAAGAUACCCCGUGCGACUGGUUUCAUUCGCCAUCAAGCUGUGUAAGAGGACCUACAAUAGGAUGCAAUCUGUUCAGGUGAUGGAGAGCUUAUCCAGGUCUCCAGCUCUGAUUCAGGACCUUCGGGCCAGCUGGCUGACCUUGGCCUGGAGCGUCCAGGUGUUGCCUCAGUACCUGCAGAAUCAGCUUCUAUCUGCCGUGUUCUUUGUCUCCCAGAUGUACAACUUAGGUUGCCCGCCACCUCAACACCAGCAACUUUAUCAGGACAGAAGUUGUCUCAAUGCUGCAGAGACCUCAACACACAAAGACGUGGUCCAGGUUCGCCCACAACAUAAGCCUACCUUCCGAGUGAGACGGCCAACCAAGACGCCUGCGUUUGACAACGGGUGUAAUGUUAAAGGGUGUGUUAGUCGUUGAUUACUGUAUGUAUUUGAUGUUUGUACGAUGCAUAUGUCCCACAGCU